GUGUACUUGAGUCAUAUUUGUGAGGAUUCAGCAUCCUCUGGGUGCAGCAGCAGCCCUCCCCCUCUGCAGCCUCUCCAGCAGAAUGCCCGACAUGCAAACGGAAGCAGACGCUACCAUUUUGAAAUACACCACCGCCUAGCGCCAUGGACAAGAGCAACACAGUGAAGCUCUUCGUGGGCAACCUGGCGUUGGACACCACCCAGGAGGAGCUGUCGGCCAUCUUCGAACCCUACGGCCAAGUGGUCAGCUGCAGUGUGUUGCGACAGUUUGCCUUCGUCCACCUGCAGGGCGAGGGUUCCGCCGAGCGAGCCAUCCGGGAGCUCAAUGGACGGGAGUUUCGUGGACGCAAUUUGGUGGUGGAGGAGUCGAGGGGACGACCGUUGCACUCCACCAAGGUGUUUGUGGGUAAUCUGAGUGGGAUGUGCACCACGGAGGACCUCCAGCAGCUGUUCCAGACAUUUGGAAAAGUUCUCGAGUGUGAUAAAGUCAAAGCCAGGCAUUCCUCUUCCGCAGGCUAUGCCUUUGUCCAUAUGGAAAACAAGGAAGACGCACUCCAGGCCAUCGAGGCCCUGCAUGGCACCUCGUUUAAGGGCCGCCCCCUGUCUGUGGAGCUGUCCAAGGUCCAGCCCAGCAAGCAGGCACCAACAGGAAAGAUCCCCUGUGUUAACUGUGGAAAGCAGGGCCACUAUGCUGGAGAAUGUCCUGUGGGGAAGCCUUCUCUGGAGCAAUACCAGAGUCAGGCGGCCGUCCUGGCUGCUGCUGCUGCUGCAGCCGCCGGCCUGCCACUACAGGUCCAACAAAGCGUGCACAAUUCAGUCUACAACACCUCCACCUUUGACCCCACAUAUGCGGCUCUUACUGGGAUCACCACAGGCACACGCACUGAUGGAAACCCAGUGAAUCCAGCUGUUUAUGGUGCCCUUGCCAGCCAGGUGUAUGGUGCCAAUGUUGCCAGUCAGCUUUAUGGAACGGUGGCCAAUCAGGCAGCUCUUCAAUCAGGAGCCACCCAAAUGUACAGCUCGAUGACCCCCAACAUCUACGGCCAGAUGACUGCAUCUCCUUCGGCUGCUGCUGUGGCUGCCGCUGCGGCUGCUUACUCACCUCAAGUUUACACCCAGAAUAUGGCCAACUCGCACGUCUAUCUGACUGCUGCUCAUGGAUUAGACAUGUCAUCAGCGGCUGGGGUCAACCCUGCCUACGCUGUAUCUCCGGCAAUUUAUGGUGCCGCCGCGCCAGCCUACGCUCACAUAAGCGCCAUGGGAGGAGCGGACCCGACAGCCAUCUUUGAGGCAGCCAGACAGGCACAUUACUUUGCCCAGGGCCAGCAGGUUAUGGCUGACCAGCAGUCAGUGGCUGCUGCAGCAGCAGCAGCCGCUGCUGCAAAGUCUGGAGAGAGGGACCGCAGUCCGCUGCGGAGGUCAGUACCUCUGCUACCAGACCCAGUGAUGAAGCCGUUCAUUUACCAGAGAGCCAAGCCGCGCCGACCCCUUCUCCCUACGCCAGCUGGCCGAGCGGCAGAAGAGGCAGCAGAGGCUGCAGAGGACCCCAUGGCCAGGUACUAUGCGGAGUACUACCAGCAGCUGCAGCAGUACCCCCAGUUCCAGUAUGCCUACCCACCACCGAACGCAGUGGCAGGCAUCCCUGGCAUGCAGGGAGUGCCGGGAGUCCCCACUGUCUCCGCGAUGUCCGCCCAGUCAGUCGCUGCGCUGGAGGCCCUCAGGCCCUCCGCUGCGGCAAUGGCAGCCGCCAUGGCUGCGCCAAGGGUGUAUGAGCCGCCGUUGCCGCCGCCCACGCGCAAGGAGGCCAUCCUCCGCCGCCCCGAACUCUCCCUUCACACGCCUGAGCCCCCCUUCCGAUAGUCGCACACAACUCUCUGCCCCCACCCCUCCCUCUUUGCCCUGAACCCCACCCCGCCAUCUCCUCUUCCACCCCAAACUUGACCACCUUACAGCAGCUGUAUGUGAGUGUGUAUGUGUGAGUCUGGGGGAUCUAAGUGUGCGGGGCGGGGUUUGAAACUGGGGGCUCCUUGGUUUAUUAACCUGCUUUACGAGGGACUUGGUCAGCUAACCUUGGUCCUGUUUGCAUACACACAGUGCAGCCAUGAAAGCGAGGCUCUCAUCUGUUGUAUGGGCAUUCUUUGUGCGUCUCAGUUUUACUUGUUUAUCGUGCCAGUCUCACACUUGUGCCAGUAUUAGACUGACCCAGUCGGUCGUUUCAUAUGCCUUUAUUUCCGCAACCCAGUUAUGAUUUUCUAUGGCCAAAUCUACGAUAAAAGACACUUUUAUCAGCCAUCCUCCUGAGGCCUAGAUGAUCAGUUAGGGCAGCUAAUUUGAAACCUUUUUUGCCUUAUGUUGGAGAGUUUAUAUAAAUUUGUAAUGUAAUCAGAUGGGAUGUCAGAUAAACACAUAUUGUGUACUGGUUGCAUUGCAUUGUGUCCAAUAGAACCAAGGUUGACGUGUUUUGGGGGGGGGAGGGGUGUUUGUCUUGAAUGUGACGUGGAUGUAGUGUGAAAGAGAGAGGUUACGUGCGGGCUCCUGACCUUGCAGCGCACAAACGCAGCAGCUUAGACUGCGCCUUGCAGAAAAAACUAAACGAGUAAAGCACACAUAAUACGUACUGUAAUGUAUGUUUGGAUCUCUCCUUGACCCCUUUUCCCCCCACCUAUACUCUUAACUACAACACUGGAAGACACUGCCUCACCUCUCGUUCGCUCUCUACCUACAGCUGCCUACCUCUCACAAUAAAUUUCAGCGUAGAGUCUAUUCUAUUCCACACUUUUUUCACCCAGCAGUUUAGUUCCCGCUCCUCGUGGGUCGGCAGAUAAGGGACGACGGGACUCAUGUAGAUAUUCCAUAUUAAGUCCUCCUUCAUGUCCUUUUUAUUUCUUUCCUUUUCUUACGUGUAUGUUUUGUUGGUUUUAGUGUAGUUUUACAUGUGGUACAAGUCCAGGGGUGUAAUGAAUUGUAAAAAAAAGCAAGCUGAUGCGUGACUACUGAACGAGCUGUUUACAAAGCAUCUUCACUAUUAGGAGUCAUGAUAUGUGACAAGCUCAAUUAUGUGCCUAUAAGCUUUGAGUGAAGUGCAUUAAGUGGAGGGAUCUCCCAUUUUUUAAGUGCUUUUUAAUCAUUUCAUCGGGAGCUUUAGUAUUCAGACGGCUACGAGCAGUGAAGCUUUUCUCGUGGACUUGCGCUCCCGUACAACAUUUCUUCCAUAAUCGUAGGGGUUUUUAAAAAAGCCACAUUCUGAGCCUCACAGGUUCAUAAUUAGCCGCUGGUUUUUAAGCAGGAUCGACAGUGAUAGCACCAAUGAAGUGAGAGGUGGAGAAGUGUCUUCCAGUUGCCCCAACUAUCCUAUUUUUUCCACACACAAAAAAACCCAGACCUGCUUCAGAUCGGCAUUGCAAAAAAAAAAAAGUGCCUGUUUUAAAUCGGUUAUUGGAUCUGGUGGGUGGGGGUUUGCUGCAUCUGGAUAACAAAAGCUUGACCGAGUGGCAAACCCCCGCCCAUUUGGUCCUACAGUCGCUUAAAAGCAAUUACUUUUUUUUUUGCAACUACUAUUUGACAGCGGUCUGAUGCACACACAGACAUACCCUCUGAAAUCACCUUACUGCCUCGCUGUUUCCCCCUCCCCCUGUGGUUUUUAGUGGUUAAGUGACUUUUUGCAUCUCACAGUGUAAUCUUUCAGUGUUGUAUAUACAAACACAUACCAGUUGCAUCCUUUGUAGAAUUAUGUGGUUUGCGAAAUGUCUUGUUUGCCAUGUUUGAGACCGUAUUUUUUAGAGAAGUAUUUUAAUUUUGCUUUUUUUUUUUUUUUUUUCUAGGAAAAGACAACAAAAAAAAAAAAAUCAAAAAUCGGCAUGCUUUUUAUUGAGAAUAUGUAAACUAUAAUCAUUAUUAUAAUAAAGAAUGUUUGGCUGACUACUGUGGUAAAAGAAAGCAAAGGGUUUGGACAUUUCCCCUUCUUGUUUACGUUGUUCUUCUCCACUAUCUGUUUCUCUUGUGUAAAAUGACCACCAGACCCAUUUGACUGGGGGACCCAAGGGGGGGGACACAGGUGUAGAUGCUGGCCCAGCUUUGCUUUCUUUGGUCAGGGUAAGUGCGGGUUGGUGCUCCUUUCUCUCUCCAGCCUCUCAAAAUGGGUGCAAUCUAAAAACAAAUGUAAAUGACAGGGUUUGCUUGACCAAAUGCAUUUCUGUAUUUAAUUCUGGAAAGAAAAGCUUCGUCUGGUCCUUUUUAAAAAAAAUUGAGUUUCAUCCAGAAAGGACAUUAUGCACACUGUUGAGAGCUGGGGAGAGGCACACAGAUAGAAUGGCCUGGGUGCAUUUUGAUCUGUGGAGCAGUUCUGUUUCUGGGGUUGAUGGGUGUGCGUCUGGUCUGGUCUCUCCCUGCUGCACCAAAUUCUCCCCCCUCCGUGUGUCUCUGUGUCCACUCUACUCUCAGACCUGCAUGUGUGAUAAUCUGUAACUCUGCCGCAACAAACACACAAAAAAAAAAAGCCCCGCGACAGUCCAGCUCUGAACUAACUAUCUCAACUGAAUUAGGUCACCGGGCCACCUUGGACGGCCAGCGUGCAGGCCUGUGUGAGCGUGGCGGCGUGAGCCAUGGGGACGACUUUUAGCGCGACGCCACCGCAGUGGGAACUUGUUCGCUCUCUCCUCACCACCAAGGUAAAUGACAAAAACGAAACAAAAAAACAAAAGCACUGACCUCUCCUCUCCCCACCUGCCGCCCCUUCCUUUGACUGUGCCUUGACCAAACACUCCUCCCCCCUCCUCCUCUCCUCCGCCAUCACCACUUCCCCCUCUCCCCGCUCCGUAACUCCUCCUCUGCUGCAAUGGCAGUGCCAUCGGUGGGGGUGGCGGGUGGGGUGGGGUGGGGCUAGGCCCACUUUCACAAGACUGAGUCCUGUCUCACAUCAGCACACAAGGCCCUCUGUCCCGCUGGUGUAUGCACUAGUGAAUAAAGGGAAGUGUGAUAGUGUGUGUGUGUGUGUGUGUGUGUGUGUUGACAGAAAGAGCAUGGAUGUCUGAAGAAUUUCUUUGGGUGGUGUUUGAUUGGUGAGGCUUGGCACAUGCGGACGACCCUUACCCCUUCCCCUGCCCGUUAGUCAGCUCCUCUCCGCCGUAUUCGCCGCCCUCAUCCCCCCUCCCCGUCCCUCCUUCCACCCUCCCCGUCCCUCCUUACCUCUUCCCCUCCUCCUCAACCCCACCCUACUGUCCCUAUGCGCCUCUCCUCUCCGCCGUUCACACACACACAGCGCUUUAUUUUUCCGCCGCCACCGCCGUCGCCACCUUGGAUCUGGGUUCGUGGCUCUGGCUCGGACUCAACUUCCCAGAACCACCCACCUGACCCAACCUCCCCACCCUCCUUUCUUAUCAUAGAGGCCAGGGCGUGCCAAUGGACAGUGUAUGUGUGGUGGCCCGCCGCCGGACUCAGUUACAUGACACAGAGAGACUUCAAUGUUGGACAAGUCGCUUUGCUAAAACACUUGAAUGCUGGGUUUGCUUCACAUGGCUGUGGAAGGGAUCUUUAACUCCUGUUUCCCAAAACAACUUAGCUCCAUUACACCUUAAGUGAUAAAUCAACCUCAAACUAUUUCCUUAGCUUUGGGUCUCUCACAGCCUGUGUGCCAAUCAGAAACGUCCUAUAAGAUAGGCCUAGGUAUGAGGCCAGUCUGACCUGUAGAUUCUCAAUCUCAGGGUUCCUAUAGGACUUUUCUGGUACGGCAGCUCUACGCCUCUAAUACUGGGAUCAUCUGGACUGGCUGGAUAUGUGCUCUGAGUCACUUGUAUGUGUUUUUACCUGUUAAGAUUGUCCAUGUGCUGAGAUAGAGCUUAACACACACACACAACCGCACACUCUGUAUGUCAAAUGAGUAGUCCGGCAUUUGCUCUGACAGCUGCAAGAUGGGAGUUGCCUAACAAACAAUGGAGAGGGAAGAAGGAGGAGGAGGAGGAGGAGAGGGAUGAAUAGAUGAGUUGAUUUUAAGGUGAGUUGGUAGUGGAAGGAUCCUCUGUCCAAAGCUGCUCCCUAACCUUCACCUUCCUGAUCUUGGAGGACCCAAGUGUUGAACUGCCAUAAUAGGUAUACUGACCAGAAUCCUAUUCUAGAAAAGACUCUUGAGAAGUGUGUCCUGAUAAAGCAGCUUUGACUCUGAGGUGUCCGCACCUUUUUGUUCACUCAAAUGUAGAAUUCAAGCAAAACUGAACUCACUUCCAACUCGUCAAAUACCGACGCUUUUUCAGUGCUCUUCGACGCUCGACUAGAGUUUCUCUUGUCAAGGACAGAGCCUAACAUCAUCCUUGACUUAUUUUAGCGUACUUUUGUUACGUAACGUACGACCUGAGCGAACGACAGUUACGUUACAAACGUGCUUAUUUCAUCUAUUUUCAAUCCUAUAUCUUUUCCUUGUGUAGUUGUGUGUACAUGUAAUGAGAUGUCCAAAACUGUCCCUGGAGGAGCACCUAGAGCGUUAACGGCGGGCCCACUGACAAAGCUGCCGUAUUUGACGAGUGAGAAUAAUAAACAUUGCAACCCCCCCCCAGCUCAUUUCUGUAUGAAUUACCCUGAAAUCACUGCAGCUUUAGAGAAGGGUGUAGAUGAAAGGCGGACUCCCUCCCCGGCCUCCAUGAUCAGGGCGCGUGGUGCUCCCCCCCCCCCCCCCCCUCGCCCAGCCACCUCAUCCUCCCCCAGUCCCAGAUCCACACUAAAGGCUUCUUCGCAGUGCUUGCGAGUCUGGGCUUCCCGUGCUUGGGUGAAUGCAGCCACGCAUCUCUUUCAACCCCCUGCUCUGAAUUCAAAGUCACACAGUACUGACAGCCACAGCUCGCUGCAGCCUCCCUACUUCCACUUCCUCACCCACUCUCCCCCCUCCCCCCCCCAUGCCUUCCUGUCUGUGGUUUGGACAGCUGAAGAACUAUAGAUGCUCUCUAUGCGCGCAUCUCUGUACUGUGUUGUUUUGAUGGGAUCCCACAGGUUCCAUGUGUCCUCCUGCAGCAGGUAUCGGCUGAGAUGUGCAUCUGGAACACACUCUGGUUUGUUUUAAGCACAGCCCAUAGACCGUAUUGCCUUUUUUUUUUUUUUUUUGAGUUUGCGAGUUGAGAUUCGGAAGGUUUAGCCAACGUGACGAUGACUAUUCUAGCUAUAUUUUCUUUAGAUAGCAGUAGGGUCAUACCUCAUGAUUCAUAACGUGCAGAAAUCAAUAGGAUAUUCCUGCAUUUAUUAAGAAACUCAAUAUAUUUCUGAGGAGAAUUGGUAUUAGAAGUGGCGCCUCUCGAUGCUGCAGGGUGUGGCGGCGAUAUAUUAGCUUGCAUUACAUUGUAAGGUGUACAUGUUAUUUUGUCCACCCCUGCCUGUGUAUUUUUAAUAGCCAAAUCUGUCUUUAUCUGUGGUCCAUAUUAUCAAAACUCACAUAGUUGUAUUAUGUUUACAACUCAUCCAAUUCCCUCUGCCCAGUAGUAGCACUGUGUUUAACCUGAUGGGAACCACAAAUAGUCACACGGUAGCUAAACUUCUUCAAGUAGGUUAAUGGACCAAGCAGAGUGUAGUUACAUGUACAUGCCUGAUUAAUUAUAAUAUACAUCAUUCUAGUUUCCAAAGACGCAUCAAUGGUGAUAUAAUAACGUGUCACCUCCAGGGGAUGGCAAUCUGGAUCUGCCCAUUUCAAGGAAAUCAUAUUCCAGCACAAAGUCGAAUGGGAUUGGGGGGGGGGGCGUUUAAAUUGAUGAAUGUUAGAUGAACUAUUUGCAUCAACAUGUUUACUGUGAAUGACAAAUCCUGAUAUAAACACAAAUUAUAUUGUAAGGUUGUGUAUGCAUAUUUAUGCCUUUUUUUGAUCUGUAUUUCUUAAAAUGUUAUGAGGCAUUUUUCAGUCUGCAUGCAAAUCAUUAAUAAAUUCGGUUAUUUCUCUCAUAAAA